AUGGACCAAACUCCCAAACCGUCUCAAAGUCCUUUGGAUAAAGCGACAAUUGACGGUGAAAUUCUGAAGACUUCACCCGCGACCUCAUCCAAUCACGAAACGCAGAUCGCUACUCCCACCGCCAGUAUCGCUGCGACUCAACGCUCUUCGGACAAAACAAAGACCAGCGGGAAAACCAUGACACCUCCGCCCGAAACCCCUUUCUCUCGCAACACAGAGUCAGCUACUCAACAAACGGCUCCUUCCUUAUCGACACUAUCAUCCCUAACAUCUAGUCACACCACUCCUUUGUUACCCUCCCCACCCGAUUUCUUCGACAGCAUAGCAGCCGUCGCUCCCUACACCACGACCCCGCAUCUAGGAACAUACAUGCACCAGUUCCCUACUUCCAGCAUGCGCACUCGCAUUACUAGAAGAUGCGGACGAUGCAUCACAGGUUGUGAAUUCAAAACUUGCAGUCAGAGAGUAAGCGAUGACUGUAUCGAGAAGGGUCAUGGAAGCCCUACUGAUGCAUCAAUUUUUCGCCCUCGCUUGCUGGACGAACAUGUCCGGUUUCCUUUUCCUAGAAUGGAUAAUGCUACAUCUGGGAUUCAGGCGACGGGUCAUGCGGUCGUUGAUGAUGAGAGCGAGGCUGUGUGUAGUUAUGAUAAUGAUACUACAAUCCCUAUCGCGAGUGGUUAUUAA